AUGGCUCCCGCGCAACCAGAGCUCAAGAAGUACCUGGAUAAGAGGCUCUUCGUCCAGCUAAACGGCAGCCGCAAAGUUAUCGGCCUGCUUCGCGGUUACGAUGUCUUCCUGAACAUCGUUCUCGAUGAUGCUGUCGAGGAGAAGGAAGGUGGUGAGAAGGAGCGGUUAGGGAUGGUGGUCAUUCGAGGUAAUUCGGUCGUCAUGCUAGAAGCACUUGAAAGGAUCGGCGGUGAUCGCGAUAAAUGA